AUGAGCUCAGAGGAAAGUCCCGGAAGGGCAGACUACGGGAGAGGCCUGUUGAAUGUAGGAGUCGUGGCUCAGCUUAUAGAGGUCACCUACAAUGUCGGGUUUGGGGUGUUACAGUGGUGGCCUACAAUGUUCAGAGAUGCUCAGGGUAUUGACUUCAUGGUUCCUUUUGUGAGCUCAUAUGGGAAUCAGUUCAUACUUGUUGCUGUGGAUUAUGUGUCCAAAUCGGUUGAGGCUGUUGCUUCCCCAACCAAUGACUCUAAGGUGGUGGUCAAACUCUUUAAAAGCACCAUCUUCCCAAGGUUUGGGGUUCCCAGAGUGGUGAUAAGUGAUGGAGGUUCUCAUUUUGUGAACAAGACUCUGGAGGGAUUGCUAAGGAAGCAUGGGGUCAAGCACAAGAUAGCUAGCCCAUAUCACCCUCAGACCAGUGGCUAA